UCAAUGGCAUAGUGCAACACUACCCAUAUAAAUUGGCGCGUGCCAAGCUCGUGAAUUAAUCCACGAUAAAGACAUGUCGUGUAGUUCAAUUUUCUGUCGUCUGCUACUGUGGUUUGUUACCGUCUGCUAUUGUAAGCAUCAUUCAAAAUGUGUCAACAUUACAGUUUUUGAGAAUACCAAAAUCAACAUCUCGUGCGAAGAUCUUGAUAUUUCUGAAAAAGAGUGCCACAAGGACGUGGUUUUUGGACAUUACGUCACUCCAACAUACCGAGCUGUCAAGGAUGUCCAGCGGACGUUUUUUAGCGAACGUAAACGAGAAGUCGCGUGGAAUACCACGUACGACUCGAGCACGGGAGGAUAUCUAGUGCUGUACCCCGAGGAUCCGUCAUGGUCAGCCUCUCUCUGUAAUGUCAUUUUGGUCAAAUCGGAUAGCUCCUUCAGGGGGACCUUCAAGACCUACUUCCAAACGACUAGUACUCUCUUUCCCAAUGUCCAGCCACUAUGGAAAAUUAAAAAAGAAAAGGAAUGGGGUUCAUCUUUAUUGAUAACCAAUUGGAUCGCUUCCUAUUUGAACAUUUCGUUUCAAGUUCAAACAUGUAAGAAGUUCAACUACGACGUUGAACUAUGGAAAAGCGACGGAAAAUUAUACGAAAAGAAAACAGUUACUCAGAACUUUGCGAUAUUUCUUGAUAUCGAUCCGGGGUCAUACUUUGCAAAGAUCAAGGUUAGCAACGCUGGCAUUUGUCACUGUGUUAAUAGCCACCAGUGUAAACAGUAUGAGGACUGGAAAACAGAUGACUUUAUCCACCCCUCCCAGUGGAGAACUGAGAAGACAGCGGAGCGUUCCGUGCCGGUGACACUGGUGUACGCCGUCACCACUGUUAUGGCCUUGACCUUCUUCGGAGUGAUUGCGACUGUUGCUCUGACCAUCUUUUUCAAAACCGUUUCAGCCAGGCGUUUCAAAAAGACGCGAACAAAGAAUAAAAGAAAGGUUAUUUUGUAUGCUACAAAUGAAAACAAAUGUCACCAAAAAGCUGUGAUUGUUUUACAAAGAAAUAUCUCUAGUACCUGUAAACAACAAGUGAGCUGCAGGUUUAUUGAGCCUGAUGCUGUCUUCAAAAAGGAAAUAUUCAAAGUUCCAAGUAACACAUUGCUCGUGAUCAUUCUAUCAAAGUCCAUGUUGAAAUGUUUGCAGCGAUCCGAGGACUUGGCUGUAAAGAAAACUUCAGAAAUAAUUUUUGUUAAUCUUUUAGAGAAGUGCAAAAUGAUUGCAAAGAUGCCAUGGUCGAAAAUAAUGCCACAUCAAGACAACAUCACCAUGUUCCAUCUGCCUAAAGAUACCGCAAUGUUCUACCACUUCAUUUUCACCCGUCUUCGUAAAAUGAAAAACAAGGAGAAUCCUCAUAUUGCCGAAAAAGCGCCGAAUUCGGAUAAAACGCUUUCGCAACUGCACAGGUCCCUACAAAUAAUUGAUCACAGUGCCUCACGAUUAGUCCCAGAAAAACCACGACCAAGGGCUUUGUCAAAUCAGUCCUUCGACAGCAUCUCACAGGUUAUCGCCAUUAACAAAAGGAGGAAAUACCGAUGCACCAGACGAAUGCUGGGUUUCCAAUUGACCUCGAACGGUUCCGAACACAUUGUAUUACCGGGUCAUUUUACUUAUACAAACGAGGAUACCGCAACCGGCUGUGACUAUGAAGGAUUCAUGGUUUCUUCUGCAGACGAGACAGAGAGUGACGUAGAGCAGAGGUUGUGGCACGAUACAUCCCCAAAGUACAACACUCGCAGUGCGGAUCCGCGAAAGUUUUCGCUACUCUCGGACAAUGGUCUAAUGUCGGAUGAGAUGGAGGCAGUAAGCAUCGGAGGGAAAAGUGUUUAAUAAUGUGUUAUGCAAUGAAGAACACUCGCUGUCAAACUUUUGGAAAGACUUAAAAUCUAAACUUUACAAGCUUCUUGUUGGGGAAAAGUUCGGUAUUAUUUCUAAUGAUUUAAAUACCCCCCCCCCCCUUAACAAAUAAAAUAAUAAUAAAUUACAUUAUUUUAACCACUACAUUAAUUUGAGUAAGAUAUAUUUUGUGUAAUGAAAUAAUAUGAGUGCGGAAAGUAGGUAAAGUGCCUGUAAUACAAUGUAGGAUGGAUAAGGGACUGAAAAAAACUGAGGACCAUGCAACAUGAAAUACAGCAUUACUUUAAAACAUACAUUCUCAGCUAUGUUUUUUAACAACGUAACGAUUUCAGUGUUCCUCAAGUUCAGCGAUUCAAGCAUAAAGUUUGCCUGAAAGAACCGAGCUAUUUAGGUUAUGGUACGUUUCCAGUAACAACUUUCGAACAUUUUUUCGUCGCAAAAUCCCAAGGAUUAUACUUAUACAUGUAGUUGGAAAUCUGCUAUUAAAUGCUUUUUUCAUGCUAUAAAGCUAAUUAUUUAAAAUUAUUUAUUUUUUAUUUAUUUUUUUGUUGUUGCUUUUUUGCAUGCC